UGUAGGCAGUUAUUUCAUUAAUUUGCUUUAAUGUGCCUCGAAACUUGCGAAUCUCAUAUUCAUUACGUCAGUUGGUGCCAUUAGAAAGGUUUCCCUGUAGUGCAGUCCCGCUAUCCAGAGAUUACACAACUGCAGACGGCACGCAAGUGCGAGCAAGUGAAACUCGGGCAGACAGCGUUUAGUCUCACAGUAAAGCUAACUUAGCAGUCCAUCUUUGCCAGUAAAUCAGUCGUAAUAGAUCUUUAAUUCCUCAAUGCACAUCGUAACGCCUGGAUGUCCUGGAAGGAUAGCAUAUUACUAUGCACAAACCAUUGCAUACAUGGAUUAAUCGGGUUCUGCCACUUUUUGAAGGACUGUUAAUGUUACUACACGAUGACUUGUUUUCCAAAAUUGGCGAUUUUACUUUUCUACCUGAUUGUUGUCGGAGAAGCCAGCAAGGAAAAAAGUAGUAGACUGAGACGGUGGCUUGGAGCAGCGGAACCUCACAAGCAUGGCACCCUUCUGUCAAAAAAGAUGGUUGAUGGAACCAAGAACCGCAAAGUCAAAACGGAUCAGCUACUUCGAGUGGACGACCAUGAUUUUACCAUGAGACCAGCUUUUGCAGGUCCUGCUGUGCCCGUGGGGGUCGAUGUUCAGGUGGAGAGUUUGGACAGUAUUUCUGAAGUAGACAUGGACUUCACCAUGACCCUGUACCUGCGGCACUACUGGAAAGAUGAGCGCCUGUCCUUCCCCAGCACAACAAACAAGAGCAUGACCUUUGAUGGACGACUAGUGAAGAAGAUUUGGGUGCCUGAUGUGUUCUUUGUCCACUCUAAGAGGUCCUUCAUCCAUGACACUACCACAGACAAUAUUAUGCUGAGAGUUUACCCCGAUGGCCAUGUCCUCUACAGCCUGAGGGUGACCGUAACAGCUGCCUGUAACAUGGACUUCAGUCGAUUCCCUCUGGAUUCCCAGACGUGUACACUGGAGCUCGAGAGCUAUGCCUACACAGAUGAAGACCUCAUGCUCUACUGGAAGAGUGGCAACGACUCUCUGAGCACAGACGACAAGAUCUCUCUGUCUCAGUUUCUCAUCCAACAGUUCCACACCACGUCCAGGCUUGCCUUCUACAGCAGUACAGGCUGGUACAAUCGCCUGUUCAUCAACUUCACCUUGCGUCGUCACAUCUUCUUCUUCCUGCUCCAGACCUACUUCCCUGCCACCCUAAUGGUCAUGUUAUCGUGGGUGUCCUUCUGGAUCGACCGACGGGCAGUCCCCGCCAGAGUGUCUUUAGGAAUCACCACGGUGCUCACGAUGUCCACCAUCAUCACUGGAGUGAACGCCUCAAUGCCUCGGGUCUCCUACAUCAAAGCUGUGGACAUUUACCUGUGGGUCAGCUUUGUGUUUGUGUUUCUGUCUGUACUUGAGUAUGCGGCUGUCAACUACCUGACUACGGUGAAGGACGGAAAAGACCGGAAGCUAAGAGAGAAGGCCAAGCAACAGCAGUCCCUACCAUGUAGCUGUGGCAUGUCCCACACCAGGACCAUGAUGCUGGACGGGACCUACAGCGAGGCCGACACCAACAGCCUGGCGGGCUACACCAGAGCCCCCAAUAUGGCUGAAGACCCCCCAGAGAAGCAGGAGCGAAUGGUGGUUCACCUUUCCCUGGACAAUGAAUACACUGGAACAAAGAAAAAGAGAUUUCGGAGCUUCCGUAUCAUUCAGAAUACCCAUGCCAUCGACACCUUGUCCCGCAUGAUAUUCCCCGGAGCCUAUAUCAUCUUUAACCUCAUUUACUGGUGUGUGUACUGCUAGGCCUUGUUCUGGAUCAAGGUUCAAAAGGUGUUGGGACCACCAACCAUUGCUUAGGUGACUGUAUGUAAAGAGUAUCUGCAAAUGAGAAAUGCACAAGCUUAUGGAAAGAUGUUCAAACUGAGCACCUUAAACAGCACACAACAUGACAUAUCCAAGGCGACAGAAAUAAGCAUUCAAUAUGGUUUAUUAUUACUGAAUUGUAAACUUCUGUAAUAGAUGAGCUAAUUGGAGCAAAUUAUUUGAUUUUAUUUUUCAAG